AUGAAAGGAAACAUGAAGCCAUGGAACCAGACCCACCAUACCAGACCAACAUCAACAAAACCGAAGAUUGGAUCCACUUCGAAGAAAGGUGCUUUUUACAAUAAGAAAAUAGAUGAGUACUCAAACUCUAAUUUUGAAGAUGAAGCAGACCAUUACCAAGGGGUCACUAACCAUCAGAGUUGGAACAAAAGAGAAGGAGAAACUCACCCUUUUCUAGCCGCACCAAUGAGGAGAACACCACGGAGAAAUGAAGCGUGGGAACAACAAGGGUAUGAGUUCUAUGAACGAGAAGACGCCAAGGCUUAUUUCAAGUGGCAAGAACUGAUGGAAGAAUUAUUUGUUUCAUACAAUUACACGGAUCAAAGGAAGUUCACUACUGCGAUUCAAUAUCUCAAAGGAAAAGCAAGAUAUUGGUUAUGUCAACAAGAUGCGAAGAACUUACAAGCAAACACCCAUCACUUCUUGGGAUGA